AUGAUUCCUGGGUGCAGGCUCCGGCUGCAGCGUCACCCCUGGGUGCUGGUGGGAGUGAAAGCAGCUGGUAAUCCUGGAUCAGGGAGGACAAAGGGCCGGGCCUGGGGGGCCGGGGGGGGCCCGGGGGGGCCGGCGUUAGCCCCGGCUUUAGCCCUGACCGCUCUGCUCCCUCACCAGACCUUCUCCUGGCUGGGACCGGGUCAGAGCAGAACCUGCUGGGUGGGCGUGACCGUCGCCCCGGUGGGUAAACAUUCCCAGGUGAGCCGGGUAAACAUUGACCCGGGAACGCCCUGGUGGGACGAGCAUGUGACGGAGCUGCAGCUCCAGCACGGCCCGUCAACACGGGUGUGUUUGCUCCUGCAGGCCGUCAUGGACCCGCUGCAGGACCAGGACCAGCGCCGAUGCCGGGCCUGGGCCCCCCCGGGCCCCCCCGGGGCCCGGGGGGGCCCCCCCGACGCCCGCCUCCAGGCCUUCCUGGACCAGGUGAACCGGCUCCAGGAGGAAAACCUGCACCUGGAGACCCAGAUCUCCCAGUGGGUGACCCGGACCAACGCCCGGAACCGGGACUGGACCCGGCAGGACCAGACGGUCAGGGAACUCCGAGCUCAGGCCGGGCGGCUGCUGGCUGGGAACGCCCACCUUUAUCUGCAGUUGGACAACACCACGGCCCGCGCCGCCGCCGCCCACGCCAGGUUUGAGGCGGAGCAGAGCAGCACCAAGCGUCUGCAGCAGCAGGUGGCGCUGCUGAGGGAGUCCCGGAGGAAGGAGGACGAGAGCUGCUCGGCGCUGCAGGCCGAGUGUCGUCGCUCCGUGACGGAGCUGCAGCAGAUGAACCAGGAGUUCGAGGUCUGUGCUCUGCAGCUGCAGCCGAGCGGCUCCUGCGAUGCUCCGGUAGCAUCAUCAGCAUCAUCAGCAGCAUCCGCAGCAUCCGCAGCAUCAGCACCAACGCAGCAGCAGCAGCAGGACGAGGAUGGAGCAGCGAUGGAGCUCAGCCGGCUCCUCCACCGACCCCGAGCGCUCAGCGACCAGAGCCGGCUUCACCUCGUCCCGGGAUCAGUCUCAACUCCAGCCCCAGGCUCCGCCGGGCCCUGCUGGGCCGGAGCUGCAGUUUCCUCCAGAGCAGCCCGAGAUGAGGACUCGGCGUGGGUGCAGGUGAAUCUCGGGGACUCUGCGCUGAGGGAAGCCCGGGCCGAACUGGCCGAGGCCCGGAAGCAGUGGAGCUCCCUGCAGGUGGAGAUCCAGACGCUGCACGCCCUGGAGCAGGGCCUGGAGACGUCCCUCCACCACACCCAGCAGCUGUACUCCAGCCAGCUGCAGGACCUGUCCCAGGUGGUCUCCGGCCUGGAGGGCGAGCUGGACCAGGUGAGGACCGGCCUGAGCGCCCAGCGCCAGCGCCACAGCCAGCUGCUCAACACCAAGAUGAGGCUGGAGCGGGAGAUCAACACCUACCGCCGGCUGCUGGAGCGGGAGGAGGGCAGGUACAUGGGUCGCCACGGGCAACCGGCGGCUCUGCGACCCUGGCAGUCUCCGUCGUCGGAGCCGAAGGACAGCGGCGUGGAGAACGGCCUCAGCGACCCCGGCCUCAGCGACCCGACCAUCAGCCCCGACGAACCCAAGUCCGAGCCCCUGCCCGAGAGAACGCCCCUCAUCCCGGCCGGAAACGGCCUGCAGAAGAGCUUCCUGUACCGGCAGCAGAGCCUGGUGAUCCUCACCGAGCCGGAGCAAGAUAAAGACCUGCCAAUGGCCACGGUGAAGACGCAGAUUCUCCAGGGCAACGUGGUUCGGGAGAAGGCCGAAGCUCACGGCACCAUCGAGACGGAGAAGGUGGACGAGGUGAUCCGGCGGUGGGAGGGCUCCUUCUUCCGCGGGAACCCCAAGCUGAGGAAGAAGUCGGUGUCGCUGCGCUUCGACCUGCACAUGGCGGCAGCCGCCGACGAGGGCGCGGCCCGGCCGCGGCAGGACAGCCUGCCCGACGUGGAGGUGCGGCUCAUCAUGAAGCGGUCGCGCAGCGUCGCCACCAUCACGCAGUGACGCCAACGCCGCCGCCGUGGGCCUCAGGCGACGCCGCCACCGAACUCUGGUGACUGAAACUGAGAUUUCCUCCGGACCUCGAACCUGGACCACGAGGAGAAGCUUCAGCUCGGGUGGCGGCCCGUCUCCGCCGCGGCCCGCGGUCCUCGGUCACCGUCAUGGCGGCGCGUGUUUGUGCUUCACCAUUUCAGAGGAGGACGAAGCGUCUCGGGUUCAGCAGGACUUUACCGGAAAAGAAAGAUUAAAUUAAAGACUUUGUAGCGUUUGACCCCGACGACCAACGCCAGCGUGUGAUCGGUCGACCCAGCCAAGUCCUCGGGACACGCCGUCCUGCUUAAGACCGGGUCUGGUGAUCUGGUGAUCUGGUCCCAGUGA